AUGGCUGCCUCGUCGGAAACCAUUUGUGUCACCGGAGCUUCUGGCUAUAUCGGUUCCUGGCUUGUAAUGAGACUCCUCGAACGCGGUUACACUGUUCGAGCCACCGUACUCGACCCUGAUAACAUGGAGGAGGUGAAGCAUUUGGUGGAAUUGGGAGGUGCUGAGAAACAGUUGAGUAUUUGGAAGGCAGAUCUAAGGGAGGAGGGAAGUUUUGACGAUGUCAUAAGUGGCUGCACCGGAGUUUUCCAUCUAGCCAACCCUAUGGAUUUCGAAUCCAAGGAUCCUGAGAACGAAGUGAUAAAACCAACAGUGAAUGGUCUAUUGGACAUUAUGAAAGCAUGCGUGAAGGCCAAAACUGUGAGAAGAUUGAUAUUUACAUCUUCUGCUGGAGCUGUGGACAUUUCAGAGCACCAGAAAUCUGUGUACGAUGAAACAUGUUGGAGUAACGUUGAAUUUUGUCGUAGAGAAAAGAUGACCGGUUGGAUGUAUUUCAUUUCAAAGACGCUGGCAGAGCAAGAAGGAUGGAAAUUUGCCAAACAACACAACAUCGAUUUCGUCACUAUUAAUCCUACUCUUGUGGUUGGCCCUUUCCUUGUCAAUUCAAUGCCUCCCAGUCUUACUACUGCUCUCUCUCUCAUCACUGGGAAUGAAGCACACUAUUCAAUCAUAAAGCAAUGUCACUUUGUUCAUUUAGAUGAUGUGUGUAUGGCUCAGAUAUUCUUGUUUGAGAAUCCAAAAGUCGAAGGAAGAUAUAUAUGCUCAUCCCAUGAUGCCAAUAUUUAUGACAUUGCCAGGCUGCUUAAUCAAAAGUACCCAGAGUACAAAGUCCCCACCAAGUUUGAGAAUAUGCCAGAUGAGCUGGAAGUCGUGCAAUUCUCUUCUAAGAAGAUAAAAGAUUUAGGGUUUCCGUUUAAAUACAACCUAGAGGACAUGUUCACUGCAGCCGUUGAUACUUGCAGAGAAAAAGGACUUCUUCCCAAGCCUACAGAAACACCACUUAAAGGUACCACUGACUAAAUGUAUUGUUCUGCUGGUUUAGGAUUUACAGCCUUGGCUCUUCAAUUUAGGCUUUUUUCCCCUAAAUUAUGAUUUUAGAUAUGUGU